CGAACACCCCGCCACGUGUUUUCUCCGCCCGCCAAUGGGCGGAAGCGCCGCGUGAGCCUGCUCCCGCCCUCCCGGCUCGCCCGAGCCAAUCGGAAGGGGUGGUGUGUGUGUGUGCGAGGGCAAGUGGGGAGGGGGACCCAGCUCAGGACGGGGAGGCCCUGCUCGCAGGUCUCCGGGUCCCGGUGGCGGCCGAAGCGCUUGGUCCGCAGGCGGCGGGCAGGUGGUCCCCCCUCCCGCUCCCUCCCCGCGCGUGCGCGCCCCAGCCUCUCCCUCCGCGCCACCCUCUCGGCUCCCGCGCGGCGGCGGCGGUUCCUCUCCCCCUCCCCCCAGCCCUGGCUCCGGGGGACCCCGCGAUGCCGGUCCGCACCGAGUGUCCCCCGCCGGCCGGUGCCUCGGCUGCCUCCGCGGCCUCACUCAUCCCGCCGCCGCCCAUCAACACCCAGCAGCCCGGCGUGGCCACUAGCCUGCUCUACAGCGGCUCCAAGUUCCGCGGCCACCAGAAGAGCAAGGGGAACUCGUACGACGUAGAGGUGGUGCUGCAGCACGUGGACACGGGGAACUCCUACCUUUGUGGGUAUCUGAAGAUUAAAGGCCUUACUGAGGAGUACCCAACCCUUACGACCUUCUUUGAAGGAGAAAUAAUCAGCAAAAAACACCCUUUCUUAACUCGCAAGUGGGAUGCAGAUGAAGAUGUUGAUCGGAAACACUGGGGCAAGUUUCUGGCUUUUUAUCAGUAUGCAAAAUCAUUUAACUCAGAUGACUUCGAUUAUGAAGAGCUAAAGAACGGGGACUAUGUCUUCAUGAGGUGGAAGGAACAGUUCCUGGUCCCAGACCACACAAUCAAAGACAUCAGCGGUGCUUCCUUUGCCGGAUUCUACUACAUCUGCUUUCAGAAGUCGGCAGCCUCCAUAGAGGGCUACUACUACCAUAGGAGUUCAGAAUGGUAUCAGUCCCUCAAUCUAACUCACGUUCCUGAACACAGCGCACCGAUCUAUGAAUUCCGGUGACAGCGGUUCAGAACAGCAACCAAAUAAAACUGAACUUGGCAAAAAAGAACUUUGCUGAGAAAAUUGUGUACCUGCCAGAACCAGGAGAAGUGUGUUCCUGUUUCUUCGCGAGCAGAUUCGCAUCAGAAAGCAUGAGUGUUAACCCACGGAAUCCAAGGAGCGUGGCAGACCGGCGGGGCAGGUGAAGGGAGUGGUCUCCGUUCUUCCUCCCUCUCCGUGGUAGUUUGGUUUUCAUCUGUUUUUAAGCUACCUUAAACGCACUUUUCCUUCCUGCACAGCUAACUUCUGCAUCACUGAAAUUCCCAUUCCUUCCUCCAUCCCACCUUCAGCCAAGUAGAAGAACUGCUCCUGGAUCACCCUCAGCCUUGGUGCUCAGUGGGCCCAGGCCUCCCUCCCCCAGUUCCUUUGUCUAGUAGCUCGAGAGAAGGCAGAGCCCCUGCACCUCUGUGCCCCCAGAGCUCUGUGCAGGGAGCUGGCAAGCCGCAGCAGCAUCUGCCACCAAUGAGGCAAGGGGCGGAGGCCAAACGGUCCCUGCAGGGCCGCCUCAGUCUUCAGUUCUGAUGGCUUCAUGGGCCAACAGGGGCUGCCGAGCCUGGCACUGUUCACAGUAAGGUUCCCUGGGCCUGCCAUCGGGGUCACUAAACACGAGGCUUCCAGAUCCCUGGCAGGAACAGAUUCCAGUCCUGCUUACUCAGUAUGUCUGCUCCAAACUUUUGAACUUGAGGGCAAUACUAAACUUAAAAAUAAGAGUUUUUUUAUUACAAAAUUAUUUUUAUGGUCCCUUUAACAAGGACCCUAUGGCAAAUGCACAAUUAUUCAGAAUUACAUUUUAUCGUUUUCACAUUGAAAACAGCAAAUGUUGACUUAGUAAUUUUUAUAUCUAUAUCUAUAUGUAUAUGUAUAUUUAAUCAACCAGCAGUUUUGAAACUAGUCAUCCUGGUACAAAAGUUUUGCAACAUUGCAUAAAUUAUAGUGCUAAACACAAGAACUGUUUUUGGGGCCAGUUUAGCAUUUGUACCUCCUCCUUUUGCUACUCAAAACAACAGUGCUUCACGGCGACCUUUUCCAUGAGGCAAAAGGGGUCGUGAUUCUCCAAAAACAGUGACUCUGAAAUGUUGGGACGGGGUGGGGAGGGGCGGGAGACAUGAACACGCUCAAAUAACGCGAGGCUCACGUGCCAAAGUGUGUGUGUGUGUGUGCGCGCGCGUGUGUGCCAUUUUUGUUUCUUGUUUCUGUUUUUUUUAAUGUUUAAAAAGCUUAAUAGGUUGGCAUCAGUUGUAGCCCGAAAAUACGGGCAGGGCUUUGGGGAAUUGGCAUUUUCUGGUGGUUUACAAGAUUUACUGCGAAUACAAGAGAAAAAGCUUUAAAAACAAGAUAGCAUUAUAACCCACAGGAGCAAAGCAACCUGGAGGUUGCACGUCCAUGGGUGGUGUAAGAGAGCAUAAAGCCCUACGGUGAGAUGAGAUGAGAGGUGGGGACGAUUUUUUAAGAAGUGACUUUCCUUUUGUUGACAUAUGUACUGUAUGUUACUGAGAUUGAAUGUUAGGGGAAGCCUUAAGGGAGAAGUAUUUGGGAAAGUAGCCAGUGGGCACUUGUGAUAUCUAAAGUCUAUAGUCCCAGGGCUGCGUACGGAGGGGCAACCCACUCGUUCAGUAAAGGCAGGCCUUGGAUCCCUAAAAUGUUGCCUCUUAAGGGGAAAAAUAAUUCACAUCCAUUCCCAGAGAUGCAUCAGAAAAGUUUCCUCAAUCUUAAAACUCGACAAGGUGUCAGAGUAGCUGCCUCUGUCCAAACCCAGCUGAUCACACUCAUGAGGAGACACUCACUGUGGCUUCAGUUAAGUGACAGAGUCACUGAGGAGUGAAGGGGGCAGCAGGGCCGUGCUGGCCUCUCCCUGCAGCACAGGCUAUCACACUUCUCCUCAGUCCUGCCCACAUGGCCUGCUAAGCAAUACCAUCUACGUUUCGUGAGCCUCCUUGCCUCCUCGGAGCACUGAGGGGAGAGGUCAUCCCUGGAGCUUGUUGGUGGCUUGUCAUGUGGCUCCUAGUGGGGAGGGGGAUGUUUGCAAACACUGCUGGUGUUCUAGCCAGACAGUCCAGGUCCUAUUGUAGAGUUUCUUUCUUCCUUCCCUUUUAGCUAGGUAAUAAAGUGCACUGGUUAGUUGUACUGGGAAAAAUGAAGAAAUGAUACUUUUACUUCAGACAUAUCUGUGAUGAAGAUUUGUUCACUUAAAGUCUGCCUGCUGAGGAUAGGGAAGGGAUUAAGUAUUUUUCCACCUCCUCUUAGUAACUCCCCAAUGACCAACAUCAACUCCUUCUCUUCUUUCUCUCUGUUCCUGAAGGAACUCUGGGGAAUCAUCCUCAUCCACAUUUAUGCUUUCCUGAACCUUCUCAGUGGUUCACAUGCCUCUGAUACUAUGUGCAAUAUUUUUGGCUGACACUUGUAUCCAUCAUUAAGAGAUAAGCGCAGAUUGCCGAUUUCCUACCGUCUCCCUGCACCCAGACAAGCCUGCCUGAGGGAUUUGGCCGUUCUUACUCACUGCUCAGAAAGCUUCCAUUCUGCUGUCCCCAGCCUCAGCCCUCUUCCUGGCUGGACUUCCACCAACCCAUCCUUGGAAAGUUUAGAUAGCGUUUCAGCUGCAGUCCAAAAGUAAUAAAACAAUGCCUGAUUUUAAGUAGAAAGUCAAUCUGUGUGCUGGUUCUGUUGGUAAUGAAAUCACAAACUCCAGGGGAGCAAAGGGGUUUUUCAAUAUCUUUUGCUUUCAGAAACAGAGAAUUUAUGUUCUCACUAAGGCCUUGAAUUGAUUUUUUUUUUCCUCAUAAAAUAGUCUGAUAAGCUAAUUUUUAAAAAGAAAUGCCAUUAAGUAUGUUGCAUUGUGGUUUAAAAUUACUAACAAGUUCUGGUAAGGAAAAAUAAUAUUUGAUUUUGAAUCUUAAAUGUUUUUAAAAAUUAGAUUUGAAUGGGUACAAAGUACGAAUAUUUUGUUUCUCUAUGGAGGACAUGUGGAAAGGGUUUGAGAGUUUGGGAUGGGGAGAAGUAUUUUGCAGAGCUAUCAAUGUCCAAAUAAUUUUUAAAAAAGAAUAAAGGUAUUUAAGCAGUGA